AUGUCCACCACAGAGACGUUUCACCUAUUCCCUUACCUGCCAUGGGAGCUUCGUGCCAUGGCAUUCACUGAAAUCCCAACGGGCACAUCGGACUUCCAGCGAAAGUAUGUUUGGAUCAACUGGGAGUAUGAUACCAUCCUGGCGGGGAUGACCGAACUGCGCCACUUUGGGUACGAAAGCAUCCAAACUUCCAUUCAGCGGCUCGACAUCGAGAUACCACGGCUUUUACCUGGAGAGAUCAAGAUUCUUCAGGGCUUUGCAAAGCUCAAGAAGCUUGAUAUUCACGGCGAGAUCUGGAAUUUCCGAUGGGUCUUUCGCCUGUUCCCCCUUGCAUGUGGUCAGAAAAAUAUCAUCCUACACGAUAUGCUGGACUUUCUUACGUUGAACAGCUUUGUCUGGGAUGAGUUAUGGGACGAUCUGUGGGAUGAAGACAUACCUGUCUAUGAUUAA